AUGUCGACCUGGAUGGCAGAUUGGAACAAGCAAAUGGCGUAUAAAAAUCAGCAACUCAAGCGUAGGAAUUACGAGAUAGAACUCAAAGACCGUGAGAUAGAGGCGAAAGAUCACCAAAUCUACCAGUUGCGUAAAGAAUUGUAUCAGGCAUGUCUGGGGUCUCGAGCUUUCUCGACCAAUGAAGCGACAAGCUCCGGUGCAGCAAUGGAAGUGGCCUGCGACUGUAUUGAAUCUCACGAAGGGCGGAAGGCAACCUCCGGAGAUGAGCAAGAGCGCACGGAAAACAUCACUGAAUCGGUAGCUAAGAUCUCAUGGAGCGAGCACCAGCUAUCCGCUAAGCGUUGGGAGGGAUCUAGGUACUUAACCUACACUCCCUAUUGGGGAAGUCGUUCAGUGAAGGCCAUAGCUAGGGAAAGGGAUGAUCUCCUGGAGCGUGUGGAACAAGUUGUUGAGAUACGCCACCAUCAGUUGGAGCGGAUGCAGGAAAUGGAGUUACGUGCCAGACAUGCUGAGGAUAGGGAAAGGGAUGCGCGUGCUAAGGCGGAGGAGCAGAUUGUACGCAAAAAUCAGGAGCUCGACCAGUUGCGCGCAGAGCUGCAAUUAGCACAUGCAGAAAUACAGUCCGCACAUGUUGAGUUUCAGCACUAUAGAGAGAGUGUGCUUGCAUGUGCCGAUACCCUUCUCCAGGCUUCUCGUAGACACGUGGAGGCCAUCGAGGGUCCUGAGGCGAUGGUUGAGUGA